GAAAAUAACCAAAAUAUCCUCUAGUUUAAAUAAACUAUUUUAUUUCGACAACGUUACAGCAUUUUUUUCCAAGCUGCAAGUGGAGCGUCUUUUUCAUUCAAGCACACACAACGGACACCAACGGGUCCUUGGGACGCCAUAUGCAACGGGAGACGCUGGUGAACCUGGAGAGACAGAUCUAUGCGUUUGAAGGCAGCUACCUGGAGGACACGCAGAUGUACGGCAACAUCAUCAGAGGAUGGGAUCGUUAUCUAACAAACCAGAAAAACUCCAACAGUAAGACAGACAGAAGGAACCGAAAAUUCAAAGAGGCAGAGCGGCUGUUCAGCAAGUCCUCUGUAACAUCGGUGGCAGCUGUGUGUGCUCUUGGCGGUGUCCCUGAUCACAUGAAUGAAAAACGGGAGGCAGGCAGCGGCACCGAGAGCGACGCGUCUCCGGACCUGCAGAACCAGGAGAACGAGCCGGGUCAGGAGGAGGCGGAGGACGCAGACGGAGCGCUGCAGGACCUGAAGCCUCAGAAAGCCGCGUCGUCCUCCAGCUCCACCAACGCGGGGCACCACAGCAGCCACAAGAAGCGCAAGAACAAGAACCGACACAGCCCCUCCGCCAUGUUCGAUUAUGACUUUGAAUUUGACAUGAAGAUGAAUAAAAAGCCCAGAGCGGAUUAUUCCGCCUGAUGAUUAGGAUGGAGUGUGUUGGACCUGGAUAAUAUCCAUCCUCUCAACACACACACACACGCGCGCGAGAGCACAGGAGGUGUUUAUCCAUCGUCGCUCCCAUCAGCCGUUACAGCAGCCGUUUUACAGAAUCUUGGUGCGAGUGUGAUUUAUAAACUCCUUCGUCCACCACAUCCUUCUUUUCUUCCUCUUCCUCUUUCUUUCUUUUUUUCUCCUCUCCGUUUUGGGCUUCAUACGCCAUCACGUCACCUCUGAUCCAUUUCACACGACAUCGUUUGCAUAUGUUUUGGCACCCACGCAUGCUCUGAUCGUCCUGCAGCGGGUAUGGAACAAUUUUUUUUUUUUUUUUUUUUUUAAGUCUAAUUGUUUUAUUCGAUCACAUCAGUGUAUUUUCAUCGUAUCAGGUUGUCCGUAUUUAUGAUCCCCGAUUUGUCGUUUUUGUUGUUUUCGCAAAAUCAAUAUUACUUUUGUAAGUGAGAAAAGACAAUUGUCCUUAUUUGCAUUGUUGGUUUUUACUCUGUAAAAAAAAUAAUAAAAAAUAAAGGCCGAACCGA